AUGGCCAGGGAAGUUUCCGCAGGGGAAGCCGAGGCCACGCUUGGCUUGCACUCAAAUCAGGAAGAGGAAGCCUCAGGAUUUGCUUGCCAUCCAGGUGAGGCCUUACCUGUGGGCCAGAUGGAAAGCCGCCAGCCCACCUGGCCACAGGUGUGCCCUUCCGCCUUGAACCUGGAGGGCGACUACAGCAUCGCCGGGCUUUUCCCCCUCCAUCGCAGCAGCAGCAGCAGCCAAGGCCAGGUGGGACGCCCACAGGUGGAGGUCUGCGACAGGGCCCCGUCCCGGAGCGGCCACGGCUACCACUUGGUGCAGGCCAUGCGCUUUGCGGUGGCCGAGGUCAACAAGGCUGCUGACCUCUUGCCCAAUGUCACUCUGGGCUACGAGAUCUACGACACCUGCGGCUCCUCGGCCAACGUCUACGCCACCCUACGCCUCUUGUCCGAAGCCGGACAGACGGACCUUGUGGUCCCCGUGGCCAACAACUACACUUUCUACCGGCCACGGUCCCUGGCCGCCAUCGGGCCCGACUCCAGCCAGGAGGCCCUCACCACCGCCAUCCUCCUCGGCACCUUCCUCGUCCCCGAGGUGAGCUACGAGGCCACCAGCCCAACGCUGAGCCAGAAGCGGGACUUCCCUUCCUUCCUGCGGACAGUGCCCAGUGACCGGCUGCAGGUGGACACUCUGGUGUUGAUGUUGGUGGCCUUUGGCUGGACCUGGGUGGCGCUGGUGGGCAGCGACAACAACUACGGCCGGCAGGGUCUGCAGAUGCUGCAAGAGGCGGCUCCGCCUUCCGGCUUAUGCUUCGCGUACCAGGGCUUGCUCCCAGCGAACGAUGAGGACACCCAAUUGGCCCGUAUUGUCCGGGACGUGGCGUCCUGCGGAGCCAACGUGGUCGUCCUCUUCGCCAACAAGAACAGCGUCCAGUCCUUUAUGGAGGAAGCCGUCCGGCAAAACGUCACGGGAAAAGUCUGGGUGGGCACCGAGGACUGGUCGCUGUCCACCGAAGUCUGGUCGGUGGACGGCGUCUCGGCCAUCGGGACGGUGGUUGGGGUCUCCGUCAAGCAGGCCCACCUUCCAGGGAUGGAGGCCUUCGAAGCCACCUUCGUGGCAUCGGAAAUGGACGACGCCUGGCCCGUGGGGUGUAACGCGACGAACGAGGGAAUGUGCAGCCAGGUGUGUUCGCGCCUCCGCCGUCCGAAGUCGCUGACCGCGUGGGAGCAGUCGCCACACGACAUGCAAGGGGCGUUCAGCGUCUACUCGGCCGUCUACGCAGUCGCCCACGGCCUGCACCGCGUGCUGGGAUGCCAUACGGGGUCGUGUCAGAAAGGGACCGUCUAUCCCUGGCAGCUCCUGAGGGAAGUCAAGGAGGUGGACUUCAACCUCUCCAACCGACAGGUCCAUUUCGAUGAGAACGGGGACACUGCGGCCGGCUACGACUUGGUCCAGUGGGUCUGGGAGGGCCGAGAGUGGGACUACCGGGUCAUCGGGUCCUUCAAGCAGCCGGACAGCCUGAACCUUGACCGGGAGAGGAUCCGGUGGCACACGCAAGACAACCAGGUGAGAAAGAAUCCCUACACGUGCCAGAAGUGCCGGAGGGAGGAGUGGUCCCCGUCCGGGAGUGAGUCGUGCUUGGCUCGCGAAAUGGUGUUCCUGCCGUUCUCCGACCCCGUCUCUCUGGCCUUGCUGACCUCGACCUGCUUGCUCCUCUUCCUGCUGGCCUGCACGGCCGCCCUCUUUGUCUACCACUUGGGGACGCCGGUGGUGAGGUCGGCGGGGGGCCCGUUUUCCUUGGCCAUGCUGGGUGCCCUGGCCGGGGCCACCCUCAGCCUCUACGGCCACUUCGGCCCACCGGGGAGCCUGGGCUGCUUGCUGCGGACACCACUGUACAGCAUCAGCUUGAGCCUGUGCCUGUCCUGCAUGCUGACCCGCUCCAUCCAGAUCGUCCUCAUCUUCAAGGCCGCCGGGGGACUCUACGACAUUUGGCGCCGGGUCAAGGGUCCCGUGGUUCUCGUCGUCACCCUCACCGGGCUACAGGGACUCAUGGUCGUCAUCUCCUUCGCCACCGAACAUCCGCUCCCGCGCCGAGAUUACAGCCUUUCGGCGACGUCGAUCUUCCUUCUCUGCGGCUCGGAAGACUCGAUCCCGAUGGUGGUGGGACAGGUCUACAACUGUUUCCUGGGGGUCUCCUGCUUUGGCCUGAGCUACCUCGGCAAGGACCUGCCCAGCAGCUACUCAGAGGCCAAGUGCCUGACCUUCAGCGUCAUGGUCUACUUUGCCUCCUCCAUCUCAUACGUCAUCAUCAGCAGCGUCUACCUGGGGAGGUACCUGAGCGCCAUGUACGUGGCCUCCCUCUUGGUGGCCCUCGGAGGGAUCUCUGCCGGAUACUUUGGCCCCAAGGUCUUCCUCAUCCUCUUCCGCCCUGAGCUCAACACCAACCAGCACUUCCAAAUGUCCAUCCAGAGCUACACCAAAAGGAUCAACGCCGGAGACUGAGAGCAU